GGCAUGAAUGCCAAACGUGAUUGCGAGGGCCAGAUUAAUUGUGAGUGCAGCUCACCCUCGUCCCCUCCCCCAUGUGGCAACAGGCAGGUAACGAGCAGAGGCAAGCGCUGUGCGGUGUGAGAAGCACAGGCUCCUCCAGCUCGGCUCGGAAUUAGCAUUGUAGGAGGCCCGUUGCUGUAACAAUCACUGCCGUGCGCUGUUGGCUCGUCCCUUUCCACCUCCCCCCUCCUCCUCCUCCUCCUCCUCCUCCCCUACCCUCCCCUCCCUCCCAGCGAACUGCGGAGCUCCGCAGCGGCAGCGAACAGCGGCGAGCCGCCCGCGUCGACAAGUGCUUUCAUCCCGAGGAACCCCGCUUCCGAAAGCAGGCGACUGAUCGCGGAGCCCGGCUUGUGUGCGGAUUGAGUUUGCUCCGGACCAGCAGCUCGGAGCAUCGGAGGCGCCAUUUUCCUCCGUGUGCGGCUCGGAGCUCGGAGCUGAGCCGAGACCGGGCUCCGCUCGCCUCCUGCUCGCUGCUCGAGUUGACAGAUCCGAGCAUGCCAUUUUCAGGACCCUGCGAGCUUUGGGACUAGUUGGGAUCGCAGGUUAUCGGCGCUGGACAUGGGUUAAUUGUAGUGUGUGUUUUAUUUGGGAGAUCGGAUUACUUUGGAGUGACGGGGGACACUGAAAAGUGCUGAAUUCCUGCUUUCCAUACUCUCUGUGCCUUUCGCAUACGUUGGGAUGGAACAGAGGGAGGCGGCGUUGGGCUGCAGGCAGAACCCGGCUGAUGGGGAUUUCAGAUCGGCCGGCAGCAGUACCAAGUCUGCAGUCUCUCCUGGAGCUUUGAUGCAGUCGUCUGGGAGCCAGAUGAACGGGGGAAGGCUGGAUCAGGACGACGAGGAGAGUGCCUGUUGUAGCCAGGACUCCAACUCCAUCACAGACAGCGAUAAAUCAAUGCAGGGAGAUGGCCUGGAGGAACACGAGUUUUCCAUCAAGGAGGCGAACUUCACAGAGGGCAGCCUGAAACUCAAGAUCCAGACCACCAAACGGCCUAAGAAACCUCCCAAGAACCUGGAGAAUUAUAUCUGCCCUCCGGAGAUCAAGAUCACAAUCAAACAGCCAGGGGAGCAGAAGAGCUGCAGGCCGAGCAAAAGUAACAAGAUGUCAAAAGAAGAUGAAAAGAAAAAGAAGGGUCAAGCAAGGUCUCACAAGCAACCAGAAGUGCGAUUCAGUGAAAUUCCCUCAAGGUUGCAACAUGACUUCAUUGCUGACGGUGUGAAACCAAAGUACCAGGAGAGACUGAAUCAGGACCAGCUUGAAUGGUCAGCAUCUUCUGGAAUCUCCCCUACUUUUCAGAGUAAUGUAACAGACGUUGAUGCUCAAAGGGAAGUGGCAAGCAUUGCUAACACAAGUUCCAUUUCAGAUCAGUAUUGUGACCUGUCAGCUUCACAACUGAGUAAGCGUGUUUCUGGCUGUACCUGGAAUCAGUUUAUAAACAGCAAUGCUGGAUUGUCCAUCAUUAAUGCUAACCGGCUAGUGACUCCUAAGUUCCCCACUGGUCACCAAGAGCCCAUGGUUACACAAACUAAAACAGUGGACAAAAACAAAGAGCAUUGUGAGUCCACAGAGCAACAACGUGGGAGUGGGUCAGGAAAAACCAGCAAAAGAGAUACCAAAUGCUCUAAAGUCCAGAUAUUAGACAACUCCAUUGAGUGGGACAAAAAUGGCCAGAAGGGAGCAGAGUUAGAAUUUCGUGGGACUACAAAAGGCAGGAAGGAUAUUUUGGCUAGUCAUGUUACGAACAGAGAGCCACCAUCAAGAGCAUCUCCCAUCAGGCCCCCUGCAUUGAGCAGUCAAGAAAAGGAUUCAGGUUCUGUGAUGAUUAGAAUCCCAAUAAAUCCACAGACACCAAUGUCUGCUGGCAGCAGAAUGAGAAAGGGAAGGUUAUCAAAAUCAAUCUUGGAUAACAGACUACAGCCAGAGCCUUUGUAUGCUGAAUCAAAUGUUAAGAAUGCUGCAAGUAGCAACGUUUCCAAUGAUGAAGGCGUUCUAACCAGCAGGAGCCAGACUGGUAGCAAGGCCAUCAAGCAGCAGAGUAGGAGUAUGGAGAAUGAACUUAGUCAAAUCAAUCUAACAGCAGGGAGAGCCUGUGAGUUAACUGACCUCUCAAAUAAUGGCAGCAGGGUGAGAAAGCCAACUGCAAUAUUGGCAUCACCUGUUUUCAUCGAUCCCACCAAAAGCAGAAGAGGAUCGACAGAAGUGAAGCACUCAAAGCAUUCGGUUAAAAACAGCACCAUUUCUGCCAAAUACAAAACCUUGAGUCUUCUGAAAGAAAACAGCAUCUUGCAGGAAAAGACUACAGUCAUGGAGCCUCCAUCUGCCUAUCCUAUAACCCCAGCGAGUCCGUUGUAUUCUAACACAGAUAGUCUCACAGUAAUCACACCAGUGAAGAAGAAACGGGGAAGACCAAAGAAGCAACCCUUACUUACAGUUGAGACAAUACACGAAGGAACUGCCACAAGCCCAGUAAGCCCCAUCUGUUGUGAAUCUCCCAACGGCAGUAAGAAAAAGAAAAAGAGAAAAAACCCUAGUAAACUGAUACCAGUUGAUUCUGUCACCUUAGAGCCUAAUCACAUGCCAUUUCCUAAAAAAGAUGGGAAAAUCAAUGUCCUGGAUAAGAAAACAAUCAAAACUAUCAAUAAAAUGAAAACCAUGAAACGAAAGAAUAUUUUGAAUCAAAUUCUGUCUUAUUCUAAUAAUACAGUACUGAAAAAGAAAGUUCAGUCCUCCAGCACUGCUUCAACAAUCUCAUCUGCCCUUGAGACAAAGCUAGGAAAGCAGAUCAAUGUUAGCAAACGAGGGACUAUUUAUAUCGGCAAAAAAAGAGGAAGAAAACCAAAAGCCAUGGGACAACUGCAGCAAAUUGGAAACAAAGGUGCUGAGAAGUAUUCAAAGCCGAUUUCUGCCCAUUCAGAAUCUCCAACCGUGCCUUUUGGUUCACAGCUGGCUGGAGCAAUGUCACCAACCACUGCACAACCAUCACCUCCACAGGCAGUUGGGCCUGCAGGAAACCUCAGCCCAGUCAGCAGUGAAACCAACUUAUCUGAGUCAAAGGCAAUGCCAAACCUUCAGCCAAUUAGUGCACUUCCUACGAAAACCCCAAAAAGCUUGCAUGCAAGCACUUGGAAGUUGUCUCCACCAAGGCUUCUGGCAAAUUCUCCUUCCCAUUUAUCUGAGGCAGCUUCUUUAAAAGAGAUUACAUUGUCACCUAUCAGUGAAUCUCACAGUGAAGAAACAAUACCUAGUGACAGUGGAAUUGGAACAGACAAUAACAGCACUUCAGAUCAAGCAGAGAAGAGUAUGGAAUCGCGCCGCAAGUACUCCUUUGACUUUUAUACACUUGAUCCCUCAGAAGGUGCAACAGUAGAUCCUGGUGCAAAAGGAAAGCACAGUCACAGACAGAAACACUUGCUUGUGGAUGAUUAUCGCAUUCAUGAAAACAUGAAGAAACAGAAGCAUAGACGGAAGAGAAAGAGCUUGCAAAUGCACAGCAGAGAUGACCUGCAGUUCAUAGCAGACCUCGAAGAACUAACUGCAAAGUUCCAAGUAUUUCGUAUCUCUCACAGAAGCUACACUUUUUACCCUGAUAACCCGUAUCCCAGUAUUUUUAGGGUCAAUUUUGAUCACUACUAUCCUGUGCCAUAUAUUCAUUAUGAUCCAUUACACUAUCUUCGCCGGACAGCUGAUCUUAAGUCUAAGAAAAGGCGCGGCAGACCUCCCAAAGCCCAAGAGACUAUGACAAAGGUGCCUUUCUUACAGGGUUUUGGUUACCCAUUACCCGGCGGGAGUUACUAUGCACCCUAUGGCAUGCCUUAUACAUCAAUGCCUAUUGCUACAGGUAUGAUGAACCUUGGGUAUUAUGGGCAAUAUUCAGCUCCUUUUUACUUGUCUCAUGCACUUGGGUCGUCAGCCCCCUUCAUGAGGCCUACAAUGCCUCCACCCCAGUAUCAUACCAGCUCACACUUAAAAAUGCCAACCACUGCCAAACACAAGGUAAAGCAUGCCGUGCAUUUGCAGCCUUCACUAGGGAUGGAUUUAAACACCAUACAGCCUUCUUUAACGUCACAAAGAGGUAGUGGUGGUGCAGGAAUACCAAGCAGCCGAGUCCAUAAACGCAAACAUAAGCACAAGCAUAAACACCGAGAUGACCGGCUCAUGGGGUCACGGGAAGAUUUAGGUGAGAUUUUUGGGCAUAAGUCUGAUUUUGCUAAAGCUUUAGUCCAUCAGAAGCUAGAAAGCUGUGACAAAGAUCUUCCACUGGGUGCUGACAAAGGAAAACAUAAAGAGAAACUGAGACAGCAGCAUGUUGAACCGAUGCACACAGGACAAAAGGUCUCAAAAAACAUCUUUGACAUCGAUACAUCAUCAAAAUUAGCUUUUUCUGAUUUACCGCAAUGGACAAGGACUACAGAAAAAAAUGAUUCCAUCACUGAGUCUAUUGAUGCCUGUGUAAAAAGGUACACAAGCACUGAGACACGGAUGAGGCGGGAUAACUCCAUGGACCCAUUUGGGGAUCUGCACUCUACAAGCAGUAUGGCUGAAAAGCGGGAAAAUGAAUCAAAUGGGAAUAGAAAAAGGCACUUUGAGGGAUUUGGAUCAUAUCGGGAGAAGAAUGGACCUGUGCUUAGGACUAACAGAAAAGACUGGGGGCAAACUCUAUACAGUACCCCUGCAGCACCAGGUUUAAUAAACUCACACUCCAAGCUGGAUCAAAUGAUGUUGCACAAACAUGAUCGUGGCCUUUCCAGUGUAACCAGAAAGAAAGCAAUUUCAACUGAAAGUGUUACUGUAUCAGCUCAGUCAUCAUCUUCCUCACCUUCACCAUCUCCAUCGUGUGAAUCAGUUCAAAGUCCUACUUCUUCACCCAGGAGAAAGCUGAAGAGGAGGGAAAUUGAAGCUAUUCAAUGUGAGGUCAGGAAGAUGUGCAAUUAUGACAAAAUUCUUGCAACGAAAAAGAACUUGGACCAUGUCAACAAGAUCCUGAAAGCCAAAAGAUUGCAAAGACAGUCAAAAACUGGCAAUAACAUAGUAAAAAAGAGGAGAGGCCGUCCGAGGAAGCACCCUUUGCCGCUUGAUGAAGACUUAACAGACCAGAUGCCAGUACUGGAGAAGUGUGUGGAUCUUCCCAGUAAACGAGGUCUGAGGUACAAUUUAGCCCCUGAAAUGCUGGCUGCAGCCAGUCAGGACACAAUCAAGGACACAAUUGAAGCUGUAAUAUGCAUGGCACAGCAACAGCAGCCGAAGUCAGAUAAAGGCACCAAAAGAAAGCAGAAAGAGGAAAUUGGGCAAAAUGUGAAGAGACAUAGAAAGUCCAAAGAAACUGAAAAAGAGGCAAUCACCACAAGUUCUAAAAGGUACAACAGUUUGAACAUCUCUGCCACCAGCUACCAGUCAACAGCCAUCAAUCACUGAAACCUUCCUGCACUUUAAUAUUACUUGGUGAAUGAGAAGGGAAUGACUAAGAUUCAGAUAUUGGAAAAUUUUUAAAUGAUAACCAUUUUCUCACACAAUCCACCGUAUGAAAGGGAUGGCCUCUUCCAGCAUUCACUGCGUUCUUUAUAAAUACCAGACUCCACUGUCAACAUCUGGUGUUUCGAUAUGUCAGUUCAGUUUCACUAUUUUGUACAAACAUUCCUUCUCCCUGUUUACCGCGCUCUAUCCACGGACCCAUUAUUUGCAAAGUGAGCAACGUGUAAUGGUGUUUUAAAGGGUAAGCUAGUGCAAGUACAGUACUUUUGGCAGCCUUUUAGAAGAAUGUAUUAAUGAAAUGUUCCUUGGGAAGGCAGGCAAAAAUAACAUUACGCUUGCAACUGUGUUUCUUAUAUACUGGAUUUAUAAUCAAUAUAUGCUAGUUGAUUAAAGGAGAAAGAAAGAAAUUUUAAAAUAUUCUUGCCGACAUUCAGGCAAUACUGUACUCACAGAGCCUUAAAUGCAAAAGUGUUAUCCAUGUAAAGCACUUUCUGCGUCAGUUCAACAUAUGCUCUUGAAAACUCAGCAGAAAUAAAAGAAAAGUCAUAAAGGAAUUUCCAAUCAAUAAAUGUCCCAAGUUUUUUUACGUGUUGAAAAUAAAUGUCCCUGCCUUGAUGGACAACCCUGUCAAAAAGUGACAUUAAUCAGAAUCUAAAAGAGGUCCAUAGCACAAAAUAGAUUCAGCCUGAACUUCUCAAGGGAUUUGCUGGAUCUAUUAUUGCCACCUAGACUUUUAUCACUGGGCUCUUCCUUUGAGAAGCAAUAUCAUACAAAGCAGUGAACAUAGAACAGUGCAGCACAGUACAGGCCAUUCGGCCCAUGAUGUUGUGCCAACCUUUUAACAGUGAAAACAAAUUCAAAAUAUUCUUUCAAUAGAGAGAUUUGUAUCUGAUCCCUCCCCCCAAAGAAAUAAUUGAUUUCCGACUCUCGCACUUGCCCCUAAAAUCUUUGAGCAAUUAUUUUCACAAGUGACUUUCUGUAAAGGUAGGAAUUGAUGUUGUAAUCUAGAUCAUUUAAAAGUAUAACAUUGUGUGCCCUCUUGUAUGGCCUUACAGUUUUCCAAAGUAAAUAGAUGUUAACAAAAAAAAUUAAAAUAUAUUUUUUCUGCAAUUAUCUAAGUUUCACAUCAAAUUUAUUCAUGCAAUAUUUAAGAGACUGUUCUCCAAAAUUAUAAAAUGUCCCUGAUUUGCCCACAAUAUUACUUUAAAAUUAACUCUCACCUCUGAACACACAAAAUAGAAACAUCCAAAAUACACAAAGAACAUGUUGAAUAUUUUCCAUAACAAACAGAACUGUCACCAGCUGAAAUCUAUACAAUGGAUAUCAUAGAUAUCGUUUUUACCUGUUCAUUCUUAGCAAAUGGUAAUCCCCAUCCGCCAGUUGUCCUUUCAAAAUCAAUCACUAGUGAAGAAAAUAUUCUGCUGCAAAGGGACAUUUCUUUUAAUCAUGUCCUAGUUAACAGUGUCAGUGUAAAUCACAAUUUCCUAAAUUAUUGUAUGCAAAUAAUCAGAUACUUAAUAUCAAAGAAAUGGAUGCUUAUCCCCAGAGUAACGGUUGUCUUGUAUCCUGGUAAUCGUGUUUUUUUAUAUUUCUUUAUGAAAACUGGAUGAAAAACUAACCUUAAGCUUUUGAAUUUCUGUAUUUAAUUUCCCCUUAUGCAAAAAGAAAUUAAGUGUUCUUAUGAUGAUAAUCCAAAACAUAUUUUCAAUUAUUUUUAAAAAUGAAUAAUUGUGACUGCAGUUAAUAUUUAGGCAAAAUGUUUAUAUCAUGACAGCCUUAAUUCAGUCAAAAACAAUAACCUGUUGUAUAUAAUGUAAUUACACAUCUUUGACCUGCAUGGGUUCAAACUGUCUGAAUCAUCUUGUCUGUGUAAUUGUCAUUUUAACUGUUUUUCAAUCAACUUUAACCAUUGAUUUUGAUGCCAAACAAUUGUUUUAAUGCAUCUGGGGUUUGGGAAUGGGGCUAAUUGAAGUUGGGGGUGGAGGGGGUGGGGAGGGAUGAAAUUCAUAUAUUCUACAAUAUACAAGUUUUAAAAGUAACCCUUGCCUUUAAAAUUUGGUACUUGGUGUCACAGAAGCAAAACCAUUAAAAUGACAAUGACAUAAUUGUUUAAAAUGGACCACAGCAUUGACAAAAUUUUAUCAGCAUGGAGGUACAGUAAAUUUUGGGUCUGAUAUAGCACGGUAUUGUGCUGAUGUGAAAUAAUGUAUUGUAGCAUAUCUAGUGAAAAGCCUGCCAAGGUUGCAACACUAAAACAAUACAGAGACAUUGAAAGAACUGCCAAAUGUUCUACACGGGUGUCCUAGUCAAAUCCCAGUGUUUUGUUUUUACUCUGGCUUUUAUUUAGGAAGAAGAGCAAUUUUUUGCCGAAAGUUGAUAAGACUACAAAUGAAGUUACAAAAAAAAAUGUACCUUUAAACAUGGGGCACAAGAUCCUUUUACAUAGUGCUGGCUUAUUUUAGUCUGUAUUCAUAGUGUUUUUAAACCUUUUUUAGAGUGUAUUUGCAUGUUAUUAUACUUGACUGUAUGUACACAUAUUUUAGACAAAUAUUAUAUUUGUAUUCUAAUUAAACAUAGAGCAAACUUGUACAUUGUUGUUUGAAAUGUUUUUUGUAACGGUUUUUAUUCAUGAAGCAUUUUUGUACAUUGAAUAGAUAUGAACUGCUGUUGAUUGGCGCUGAUGUAUUUGGCAUGCUGAUUGUCAUGCUUCUACAUAUAGUUGUUGGUUUUUAAAACUUUUUUUCC